GAUAGGAUUCGCUAACGACCCAAAGCCAGCCUUAGCCACUACUCCCGAGUACCAAUUCCACCAAGAACUUCACAAAAACAGAAAUUUACAGUAAAAAUGGAGGUGGGUAUGUCUUUGAAUUCAAUGGUAAGACUGCCCUUAUCAAAUUCAAGAACAUUUGAAGAUUCACGUAUAAGACACUCGCUUUGUUCGACGAGAACGACGACGUCCCGGAAGAUGAACGGCCACAAGGAACGGCGAGCGAUGGUAGUUGAAGCGAAGGGGAAGAAAGGAAUGGCGGCUAGACAGUACCAGCGUACGCCGCCGCCGUCUUUACCCAAGAUUGAAGAUGAUGGAAAUCCUAAAUUUGUUAUCUUCAUCCGCAUGGCGAAUGUUUACCUUUGGUACCCACUUAAUCUUAUAACUGGUGGGACAACUGCAAAACUCAUGGUUGCUGCAAAAGACAAUUUUCUGGGAAAAUAUAUUUACAAAGAUACACUAGCUAGGAAUAUUGCAGCAGUUAUUUACAGAGAUGAGAAGCAGAUACAAAAGAUGGCACAGAAACAGUUUCGUCCAUUGCGGACAGCUACAGAGUUUAGAUACGGCUACAAACUUAUUGAAGGCAACAAUAUAAGAGCUGCACUUAACACCACAGAUGUUAUUGAGCUCCCAACACAGGAUGAACUCAAAACUGUUCUUGAUAAAGUGAAGGACUUCUUUGGAGAUGCUAAGGAAUCUUUCGGGAAGCUGACAUCCUUAAAUGCUGAAACUGAAUCCUCAGUGGAAGAUGGUAAAGAAAAAUCCACUUGAGUUGUUAACAACAUAAAAUCUCUGAUGCUCGGACUCUUCGAAAUAGUUGGAGUACCCGUGUUGGACACGACAUGACAUGGGUAUGGGUAUGGAAUAUGUGUCGGAUCCUUCAAAUUUCAAUCGGACACUUUGCCCUUUUUUCUUCUUCUUUUUUUUUUUUUUUUUUUUUUUUUUUUUUUUUUAAAAAUUCUUUUCCUUUUUUUCCCGUUUCUACUCUCUAUAAAUCUAAUGCCGCACUUCGAGGGGAUGGAAAAAGGCGACGGCGCUAGGUUUUUUCUCCUCCUUUCUUUUUCUUUCACUUUUCUUCUUUUUUCCCCUUCUUUCCCCCUCUGUAUUAAUGGUUUUGGGUUUUGUGUGUAUAAAAUAAAAAUGGGUUCCAUAUGGUGUUAACUUGUGCUCCACUAAGUCCAAAUUGCAAUCAAAUCCCCUCAUUUUAGAUUUUAUAUAACAUCUAUUAAUUUACUUCUCAUAAUUAAAAAUUAAACCCAAAUUUUUUUUGUCUUAACCCCUUAUUCAAUACAUAUUUCCUUCUUUGUGAACAAUUAUCUUGGUCUAUUCAAAAUAACAUAUUGGGUUAGUAAAAAAAAAAAUUGAAGCUUGAAAGACGUACUCACGUACUUGUGUCAGAAAUUUGGACUCUUUUUAAUCAAGUCCACAUAUCCUACAUUU